UGACGUGAUGUUGUAUAAUUGACCUUAAGCGGCACCCCCAUCCUUGAUUUCUCAUUCUCUCAUCCGCUUAUCCCUCUCUGAUCACAAAAUCAAAAUGGCGUUUACAGAGUCAGAAUUCUUCUCUCAUCUACCAGGGGAUACCCCAUCGCGAGCAGCAAUACGACCUCACGCCAUAAGCAAUUCCCUCGAGAAGAACUUUCACCCAAACGGAGACCCCAAAUCUGCCUACGUCAUCUUCACCUCUGUCCCUCCAGAGACAAUCCAAAGACUAAUCCAUUAUCCUCACCAGUACAUCAUCCUAUCCAAGCGCCUCUUCUACAAUGAGGAUCUACGCACGCUCAUCGUCAAAAUGCCCUGGCGCGCGCACAUCACUGCUAUCGAGGAGUUCAAGUCGCUCAUACAUCGGAAUCUAUUUCACAAUCCUGCUCGUCAUGGUCUUUCGAUGCUCGGUCAUACGACCUACGAGAUACCCCCAUUCGCCAAAGAGGCAGACGACUCAUAUGCCCCAAGAAGAGUGUUGGAGGAAUGGCCGACGAUGGUCAUCGAGGUCGGCCGUUCUGACUGUCUAGAUCGUCUACGGUUCGAGGCAAACUGGUGGCUUGUGAGGUCGGAUGGAGUGGUGCGGAUCGCAAUAAUCAUCGUUGUCAAUCAUGACCAUCCUGAGAUUGUCUUUGAGAUGUGGCAGCGUCCUGCCAGCCAGCCCGAGCAUUCGCAUGCCUUGCGAAGCUUGACGCCACAGGUGACGAAAACCCAGGAAGUCAGAAUAUCACGCUGUGGAAACGACACUGUCACCGUGGGUGCGCCGUUGACUAUCCGAUUAGAAGAUGUCCUGCUCAGAGCUCCACCUGGGGAUGAGCGCGGUUUUGUGUUUACGGCAGAAAAGCUGGAGUACGUUGCUCAUUUUGUUUGGGAAACACAAGGCUUCAUCCCCUUGUCUGAUAUCAAUCUGCAGGGUGAAUAAUAGAAACUGUUCAAUAUGAUAUUGCUAUCUUCUAGACUAAUGUACUGCAAUAUCGCAUCUUCUCGCCUUCAAGGCAGCUUUCGCCAUCCCAUCAGCAACACCGUUCCUUUAUGGAAAAUGCCAAAAAUUGACAAGCACCCACCUUUCUCCGGAUUUCUCAACAAGUUCUUCGAUCAACAGGAAGAAUGUCAGGUUGGCUACGAGUGAUC